UCAACACUCUCCUUUCUCCGCCGGUCYGGUUCGGUUAGUAGGUCAACCUCAGCCCAGCAUUUUUUUUGUAGUUCACCUUCAUCACUCCCUAACACAAACCAUGAGGGAAAUUGUUCAUAUUCAGGCUGGUCAGUGCGGAAAUCAGAUUGGUGCAAAGUUCUGGGAGGUGAUCAGUGACGAACACGGCAUCGACCCAACAGGAACUUAUCAUGGAGACAGCGACCUUCAGCUGGACCGGAUCAGCGUUUACUACAACGAAGCAACAGGUGGGAAGUAUGUACCCAGAGCCAUCCUGGUGGACCUGGAACCGGGUACCAUGGACUCGGUCCGAUCAGGACCGUUUGGCCAAAUCUUCAGACCCGACAACUUUGUCUUUGGUCAGAGUGGAGCUGGGAACAACUGGGCCAAAGGUCACUACACGGAGGGCGCAGAGCUGGUGGACUCGGUCCUGGACGUGGUCCGGAAGGAGGCGGAGAGCUGCGAGUGCCUGCAGGGCUUCCAACUCACACACUCCCUGGGAGGAGGCACCGGCUCCGGCAUGGGGACCCUGCUGAUCAGCAAGAUCAGGGAGGAAUACCCCGACCGCAUCAUGAACACCUUCAGCGUGGUUCCCUCCCCUAAGGUGUCCGACACGGUGGUGGAGCCGUACAACGCCACGCUGUCCGUCCACCAGCUGGUGGAAAACACCGACGAGACGUACUGCAUCGACAACGAAGCUCUGUACGACAUCUGCUUCCGCACGCUGAAGCUGACCACGCCCACCUACGGAGACCUGAACCACCUGGUGUCGGCAACCAUGAGCGGCGUCACCACCUGCCUGCGCUUCCCCGGCCAGCUCAACGCCGACCUGCGGAAGCUGGCCGUCAACAUGGUGCCCUUCCCCCGCCUGCACUUCUUCAUGCCGGGCUUCGCCCCGCUGACGAGCCGCGGCAGCCAGCAGUACCGCGCCCUCACCGUGCCCGAGCUCACCCAGCAGGUGUUCGACUCCAAGAACAUGAUGGCGGCGUGCGACCCGCGCCACGGCCGCUACCUGACGGUGGCCGCCGUCUUCCGCGGCCGCAUGUCCAUGAAGGAGGUGGACGAGCAGAUGCUGAACGUGCAGAACAAGAACAGCAGCUACUUUGUGGAGUGGAUCCCCAACAACGUGAAGACGGCCGUCUGCGACAUCCCGCCGCGCGGCCUCAAGAUGGCCGUCACCUUCAUCGGCAACAGCACGGCCAUCCAGGAGCUGUUCAAGCGCAUCUCAGAGCAGUUCACCGCCAUGUUCCGCCGCAAGGCCUUCCUGCACUGGUACACGGGCGAAGGAAUGGACGAGAUGGAGUUCACCGAGGCCGAGAGCAACAUGAACGACCUGGUGUCCGAGUACCAGCAGUACCAGGACGCYACGGCCGAGGAGGAGGGCGAGUUCGAGGAGGAGGCCGAGGAGGACGCCUGACGGAAAAACACAGGGUGGAGGUGAAAGGAAAGGGUGAUAAUGAAAGAUAUGUUCAAAAAAUGUGAAGGAAUUUAGCAGGUCGGAGGAGGUCAGAGGUCAACGGAAGAGGAUUAGGGUCACUGGGGGAAACA